GGCUGGGACACCCAGAUGCGCACCAACAGACCAACGGAACGUUUUGUAGUACCAAUACCAGUGGUGCGGUAAUACGGCAUCGACACGGAAGUGGGAUACAUUGGACAACAUCGACUGCCACAUUAUUUGUAUUUGGAUCGAAGCACUUCAUAUAUAUUACGGAGGAGGACUGGAGUAAUAUGAACCAGACAUUCUUAAAAUGUCCCAUCGGGAAUGGUCCCUUACCUCCAGCAUGUUGAGCCGCGUUUCAAGUUCAAGGUACCAUACAUAGCGCCUUUCCAUGACUGCCAAUAAAUACUGAUGAAAAAACGUGAAUAUAUAAAUAAAUUCGUAUUUUGAA